GUGUGCAGAGCUGCUGGCAUACUGGCUGAGGAAGUGGGUGAGACAACGCAACACAAAUACUGUCUGGCAACAUGUCUCGACUUAAUGGCAAGUACCAUGAAGCUCUUCAUAAUAAACUAGCAAUAGAUAAUAAUUAUAUGGCUGCCUAUGUAACUCAUUGAUGAGAGAGAGGAUUGCAGCUUUUAAAUGGAAUUAUGAAAAGCAGAGUGCUCUCUUUACUUUAGUCUCUUUACUUUCUCUUUUGCCAUUGUCAAAUUCAGUUUAUUGUAUAACUGACAACUAUUAUCAAAUGAAGGAUUGCGUAAUACAAAGGUAAAUAGAUUAAAUAAUACGUUUCAGAGUCACAUUCAGGAAGGUAAUGCUGACUUUAACCCAGUCAUAAAUUAUUGUAAGUGUAAAAUCAUAGUUCCUGGUAAGGACAACUGGGUGAACAAGAGUGAACGGAUGAGUCAUACACUGAGUGUACAAAACAUUAGGAACAUGCUCUUUCCAUGACAGACUGACCAGGUGAAUCCAUGUUAAACCUAUAAUCCUUCACUCAGUGUAGAUGAAGGGGAGAAGACAGGUUAAAGAAGGAUUUUUAAACCUUAAGACAAUUGAGACAUGGAUUGUGUAUGUGUGCCAUUCAGAGGGUGAAUGGUCAAAACAAAAUAUUUAAAUGGCUUUUAACUUUUAUGGUAGUAGGUGCCAGACCCACUGGUUUGAGUGUGUCAAUAACUGCAACGCUGCUGGGUUUUUCACACUCAACAGUUUACUGUGAGUAUAAAGAAUGGUCCACCACCCAAAGGAAGUCCAUCCAACUUGACAAAACUGUGGGAAGCAUUGGAGUCAACAUGGGCCAGCAUCCCUGUGGAACGCUUUCAACACCUUGUAGAGUCCAUGCCCCGACAAAUUGAGGCAGUUCUGAGGGCAAAAGGGGGUGCAACUCAAUAUUAGAAAUGUGUUCCUAUUGUUUUGUAAAUCAAUGAGUCAUACAUUUUCUCCUUAUUUGUUUGUGCGGAAACCUCACACAUGAAUUCAGUCUUGUACCUACUGUUGAUAGGAGAUGUCAUAGAUGUUGAUGCUGUUGUGGCCUUACAUAAUCUGUUUUCUUUGUGGAUAGAUUACAGAUUAGAUUAGAAAAGUGUAUUAAGUGCAACUCCUCAAUAUAACAACAUUUCAUUGUUUGUCCUGAAUAUAUACUGUUUUAACAAUGAGAAGGAGAUGCCUUCUUGGCAAGGUUUCUCUAACAUGCAUGUCAUUUUAGGUACUGGGCAGAGUAAGAAAUAUUGGGACCUAUCUGGUACAAAACUGAAGUCCCUCCCUCAGAGUCUCCUGGAGCAGGCUGAGGAGGCCAGAAGGUUGGACCUCCAGAGGAACAAACUGAGACAGCUCUCUGGGAUCUCCAACCUGGUCCACCUGAGAGAGCUCAACCUCUCCAGGAAUGAGCUGGUGGACUUUCCCCUGGAGAUCAGAUCUUUGAAACUUCUGGAGCGGCUCUACAUGAACCAGAACAACAUCAAGGUUAUCCCUGAAGACAUCUUCCCUCAUCUGGGGAAGCUACAGUUCCUCAAACUCAGCACCAACCGUCUGCCCAAACUCCCAGUGGACCUGAGUCAAUGCCACAGCCUCAGCUACCUCAACCUGUCCAAUAACUGCCUGAAGGACCUCCAGGCACUGGUGGGGCUACCUAAACUCAAGGAGCUGUUAGUAGAACGGAAUAGCCUGACUGAACUUCCAGCCCAGCUGUUCCAGAAAGGGAACUCGGAGCUGACCCUGUUCAAGGCCACGGGGAACCCGCUGAGGACCCCCCCAGAGGAGGUGUGUGACGGAGGGGUGAGGGACAUUCAGAGCUACUUCGCCAUGAUGGAGGAGGAAGGCCCUGACACGCACACCACGGCCUGGACAGUCAAGACCAUGUUCCUGGGUUCCUCCAUGGCUGGGAAGUCCACGCUGUGUCGCAGCCUGAACAAGGGGGGGCCCGUGAGGGUAGAGGAGGAGGACAGAACGGAGGGGAUAGAGAUCAGUGAGAUGGAAAUGGAGGGGGUCCGGUUCCUAUUCUGGGACUUCGCAGGGCAGGAAGAAUACUACCUGACACAUCAUGUCUUCAUCACCCCCAGAGCCCUCGUUAUCCUCGCUGUUGAUUUGGCCAGGUAAACAUGUCAGUUGAGGGAGAUCACUGUGCAGUUCGUGUUAAUUUGUGGGAAACUGACAUUUGUAAUUUAACAUUAUAGUCUUUUACAUUCUUCUAAUAUUUUAAUCAACAGAUAGUUUCGAAGAUCAUUGAUAAUGUUUUAUUGAUAGUACAGUAUAUUGAUACAUACAGUCGGAAGUUUACAUACACCAACUCAGUUUUUCACAUUUCUUGACAUUUAAUCCUAGUAAAGAUUCCCUGUCUUAGGUCAGUUAGGAUCACCACUUUAUUUUAAGAAUGUGAAAUUUCAGAAUAAUAGUAGAGAGAAUUAUUUAUUUCAGAUUGUAUUUCUUUCAUCACAUUCCCAGUGGGUCAGACGUUUACAUACACUCAAUUAGUAUUUGGUAGCAUUGCCUUUAAAUUGUUUAACUUGGGUCAAACGUUUCAGGUAGCCUUCCACAAGCUUCCCACAAUAAGUUGGGUGAAUUUAGGCCCAUUCCUCCUGACAGAGCUGGUGUAACGGAGUCAGGUUUGUAGGCCUCCUUGCUCGCACACGCUUUUUCAGUUCUGCCCACACAUUUUCUAUAGGAUUGAGGUCAGGGCUUUGUGAUGGCCACUCCAAUACCUUGACUUUGUUGUCCUUAAGCCAUUCUGCCACAACUUUGGAAGUAUGGUUGGGGUCAUUGUCCAUUUGGAAGACCCAUUUGCGACCAAGCUUUAACUUCCUGACUGAUGUCUUGAGAUGUUGCUUCAAUAUAUUCACAUCAUUUUCCUUCCUCAUGAUGCCAUCUAUUUUGUGAAGUGCACCAGUCCCUCCUGCAGCAAAGCACCCCCAUAGCAUGAUGCUGCCACCUCUGUGCUUCACGGUUGGGAUGGUGUUCUUUGGCUUGCAAGCGUACCCCCUCUUUCCUCCAAACAUAACGAUGAUCAUUAUGGCCAAACAGUUCUAUUUUUGUUUCAUCAGACCAGAGGACAUUUCUCCAAAAAGUACGAUCUUUGUCCCCAUGUGCAGUUGCAAACUGUAGUCUGGCUUUUUUAUGGUGGUUUUGGAGCAGUGGCUUCUUCCUUGCUGACGGCCUUUCAGGUUGUGUCGAUAUAGGACUCGUUUUACUGUGGAUAUAGACACUUUUGUACCUGUUUCCUCCAGCAUCUUCACAAGGUCCUUUGCUGUUGUUCUGGGGUUGAUUUGCACUUUUCGCACCAAAGUACGUUCAUCUCUAGGGCGGUAUGACGGCUGCGUGGUCCCAUGGUGUUUAUACUUGCGUACUAUUGUUUGUACAGAUGAACGUGGUACCUUCAGGUGUGUUACGGAUACAGGUAUCCUGUGUUUGAAAAUUGCUCCCAAGGAUGAACCAGACUACAAUUGUUUUUCUGAGGUCUUGGCUGAUUUCUUUUGAUUUUCCCAUGAUGUCAAGCAAAGAGGCACUGAGUUUGAAGGUAGGCCUUGAAAUACAUCCACAGGUACACCUCAUUUUCUGGAAUUUUCCAAGCUGUUUAAAGGCACAGUCAGUAUGUAAACUUCUGACCCACUGGAAUUGUGAGACAGUGAAUUAUAAGUGAAAUAAUCUGUCUGUAAACAAUUGUUGGAAAAAUUACUAGUGUCAUGCACAAAGUAGAUGUCCUUACCGACUUGCCAAAACUAUAGUUUGUUAACAAGAAAUUUGUGGAGUGGUUGAAAAACCAGUUUUAAUGACUCCAACCUAAGUGUAUGUAAACUUCCGACUUCAUCUGUAUAGUUUGUUGGUUUUACUGACUUGGGCAUGACCUUGCCUUACAUGUGAAAAUGUAUCUUUGUAAUGUCUCAGCUACAACAUGGAAGACCCCCAGUCUUACAAAGAGAAGGUGUGUUUCUGGAUCAAUAACAUCCAGCUUCGCGUCCCUGCCUCUGUGGUCUUACUGGUGGGAACUCACUGUGACCAGUGCCAAGACCAAGACGAGGUGAGGGAGAAGAAGAGACACAUUGAGGAGAAUGUUCGAGUCAUGCUCGAAGAAAGGAAGGAGGUUUUACAACUACAGCAGAAGAACCUGAAGGACAAUGCAGACCCCUCUCUGUUUUCUGAACAGAUGAGCGAACUUGACCGGCUUAUGGAGUAUCAUUUACAGGUAUUGUGUCCUAAUUUGAGUUUUGUAAAGAGUGUUUGAUCUUUGAAAUGGCCUACGGUUUGAUCUGCGAGUAUAUUAAUUGGUUUCUAAUGUGUUUGCAGGUCCUGGAACUUGUACCUAUUGACUGCACUAAGCAUGAGGAUAUUGUCAAGCUCAAGGAGCACAUUGUGAGGCAUAUCUUAACAAAGGAUACAUUCCCAUGUGCUGAAAGGACCCUGCCCAAAAGCUACAAAGAAGUUGAGUUAGCCAUUCAUGACCUGGUGGGACAAAACCAAAUACCUCAACACGGUAAGUUAUUUCAAGUAAAAAACGGAAAAAUCCUUCUUGAAAGUUAAAGGCUCUUGAAUUGUAAUUUUAUAUAAUUCACUUUCUCAAAUUACUGAAUUGAAAUUAAAUCAACUUCAACCCUGUUCUGACAUCUGUCCAUGUUAGGACAGUCUGAAACUGUGGUUGUCCUAAUAUGGACACAAUGAGGUAUUAUAACUCGGUCACAUGACCAGUGGCGGCUCCUGAACAAAUUCUCAGGGAGGGCAAUUUUUCUGAUGAUUUAGGUGACCUACACACAUUUUUAAAAAGAUAUGUCCAGCAACAACAUGAAGACAGGGGCAGCAUAUAAGUCAAUACCAGAAGCAUUUAUUGACUGAUCUCAAAAGUGUUGGCUUACAAAAGCAAAAUAAGUUAUCACAGUAAAAAUAAUCAAGGGUGUUCUUUCACAUUCCUCAACACUGCAUAAACAAUAUGCAUUUCCAUAAACAAAUGAAAUAUCAGCUGAAAAUACAGCAUCUUGGUAUUUGUUCAGAUUGCAGGAUCAACAAGAGCUUUUACCACAUUUUUUGAUAUCUGUUUAAUCUUACCUUAUGGCCUGCACUUGCUUGUGAAGCUGUCGAGGGCACGUUUGAUAGAGACAGCAUCGAUGUCCUUCUUCUGUAGCUUCUGGUACAGAAUGUCGACGUGGGGCAUGAUUUUGUGAAAAAGCCGCAGGAAAAAAAUUAAAUCUUCAUCAUGUAGUAUCCUCACGUAGCCAGCUGCCUCUCUCAAGGUGUGCUGGUCAAAUGAACCCAAUGAACCCGUCCGGAUGGCUUCAAAACAUUAUAUGAGGUCGUCUCGAUUCUCGUAGACAGUGUUCACGACUCUGCUGUUGCUAACCUCAUCGUUGUGGCGGCGGACAGCUAGCCUGUAUCCCUCAUCCAGUUGAGUGGCAAUAUUCACUCUCCCAAAAGCAGACAAUCUCAAACAGCUAUAUGUGGGUCUUUGACAGCUAAUUUUUCUUAAUCUUUUCUGAAAGAUGGUGCAUGUCGGUUACACCAGUCGCUGUCCAAGCGGUGCUGUCUGCUGUGCCGCCUUCAGGGUGGAAGAGUAAGCAGGGGUAGCAAAAAACUGCAUUAGCUACAUCGCAGCCUGCUAGCCAGGUUUUCCGUUCAUACCAAUUUUUGGAAAAUCCUCGGGUGUAGGACUUCCCCCCUUUAGUAGACACCUGUUGAAUUAUUAAAUUUGGUCUGGGGGGUCCUAAUUGUUUCGUUGCCAAUUUAUCUUCAUUUGUUCGCCGACAAAAAGGAACUUCUUUCAAAGACACAAUCGAGUUGGACUGAAGCCUAGCCAUUUUGAUAGUAGUAGUGAAUUGAAUGAGGCUGCUACCUGGUCUUUUCUUAGUUACGUUCAUUCGUGGUUACGUUAUGUAUGACGAAAGCGCGUAAGUGCAAGCCCACAGACACCCAUAGAGAAUGUAUUGAAAGCUUUGAAAUGUGACAAAACUAGAUUUUACAUGGGAGUCUAUGACAGACUUCUGGGCGAUUUUCAACCUGACUGAAAUCGCCCAAAAAACGGGCGGGGCCAUUUGAAGCACGACUUUAGCCUGAUUUGACAUUUAGUGGCUGGCAGAUCAGACGUGAACACUGAUAACUGCUGUUGCCGUGAUAUAAUUUUUUAUAAAUUUAUUUAAAAAAAAUAUUUUUUUUUAUUUAAUUUUUUUUUAAAUAAUUGAUUAGAAAAAAAAUCCCUUCCUUUUCCCGUUUGGCAGUGCGUCGCCCAUAUCGCCCUAUUGAACAAGCCGUCCCUGCACAUGACUCUAAUCAGACAUCUCUUUUCCUCAACACCAGGAAUAGUUUCUUUUGAUGACCUUCUGAGUGACCUCAUUCCGCACCUUGAGUUGGGCGAGGAGAACGUCCACUCCAUCCUACGUUACCUCCAUCGUAUCGGCAUCAUCGUGUGGUAUGAGGAGAUCCCUGCUCUGAAGGACAGGGUGUUCGUUCAGCCAUCUUUCCUCAUCUCACUCUUCAAGGUGAGACCUGAGGGUGACAGAAGGAAAACCUUUAAAUUAGUGAUCAGCGACACCUGGUCCAGGAGAGCUACAGGGGUGUGGAGGCUUUUGCUACAGCCCAGAAUUUUAAAAAUCUACUGACCACCUAAUAAUUUCCUGUCCCUGUAGCUCUCCAGGAUCAGGUUAGGUGUGUUUUGAGUAGUGAGCACAAUUAAGUAGCAAAGAGAAUAUGCUGUAUUCUAUUUGAAUUACGGUGUUGUCUUUCAAGUCUUCUCCAGUACGGUGUCCAUAUUAGGACAUCAUAUGUCCAUGAAAGUUGCGUCAGAGUCACUCUGACUGCUGUCCUAAUAUGGACAUCGUACUCCUAUAACCAACGUCUCUCCUUUCCCCCAACCCAGACCAUCGUGAGACACGACCUGGUCAAGCAGCUGGAGGCCAUCCCCAGAGACGCGCUGCGGCAAGAGGGCAACCUGUUGGUCCACCGGGGCACGUGGGUGGAUGACUUCAGGGAGAAGGGCACCCUGCAUAACGCGGCCACACGGAUCCUGGUACGCAGAGAACUGAGGCGGCUGGGGCUGGACGAUGAAGACCUGGUGGAGGAGGUGGUGGGGAGUAAGACUAAGGAGGGGACCCUACUCAGCCUCCUGCAGCACUUUGAGGUCUGUCUCCCGGCUAAGGUGGGUAGUCCCCUGAACCCGGCAGCCCCGGAGUUCAAACCUGGGGAGAAGCAGUGGAAGUCAUCCAACUUGGCCAGGGGUGAUACGGACGGAGCUUGUCUCUUCCCCAGCUACCUGCAGGACAAUCGAAUGGUGGUGCAGAUGUGGGGAGAAGACAAGCUGGACGAUAUAAAUGUCUAUGUUUACUUUCUACCUGAGGUCCCUCAUGGCUUCUUCCACAGGUAGCAUUGGAAUCUACAGUAGUCUACCAUUUCACUGCUCUGAUGUUUCACUUUAAUUGUCACACAUUUUCCAAAAUAAAUAUUUAUGUUCUGUUUAUAUUGGUUUUACAAAUAAAAUAUGUGGUUAUUUAGGAAAUGUAUUUUAUUUGUAUUUCAGGCUGAUCAUCAAGACGUGCUCCCUGUACCCGACUCACUGGAUAGGGAAGGACCACUGCCUGCUCAGCUCUGGAGACAAACUGGUGCUGAUGAGAGAGAACAAUAAAGAUGGAGAUCCAUACAUACAGAUCCGCUGCAAGAGACCUGAGACCAGCGGUACAGUAUGCUAUUCAUCUAUUUCAUCUGGAGAGGCAAAUUAAUGAGAAUAUGGGGUAAAUUCAAUCAAUGUCUGCAUAGUAAGAAAAGUGCUUGUGAGGACCUUGGUCUAUCUAGCGCCCAGCUGAUCACUUUUGGUUUAAAAAAAAAUCCCAUACUUGGUGUUCAGAAACAUUUCCCAAACCGUCUUUUGCAACACUUUGAAGAUGUCUUCAAACAUUCUGAAACUGAAAAAUAUAUAUUUGAAGGGCGACUGCGCUUCCUGAUUUGGCCUUGUUUUAAUCCAUGCUCAUGAAGAAAUGGCUGAAGGCAAAUAAGAGAUGUCUUGGGGGUGUGGUUUGAUGUGGGUGUGCUUUGGGUGUGUCUUUGCCAUUCAAUCACAAUAAACAAGCGCAGUAGUGAGUACAGCUAGGUAAGCUAAGCUAGUUUUGCUAUGGAGAGAACAAAGUUUUGAAGUUGAGGACUUCUCCCCUCCCGACUGACUCGCCAUCUCAAGAUAGUCAGCUAAUUCAGUUCUAUGUGUAGGCUAAAGUCUGUGCUUACCUUGUGUUUAGCCAAACUGAGGGCAGCUACCUAGCAUAGCUUGGUGAUAGCUGCAGCUGGCUAUCCUAUCUAGCUGAUAUUUCUCUGUCAAAUCAGUUAUGGCAAGAUAGCAAGCGCCAGUGUCUGGAAUGUGUUUCAUAAGACACUCGUUCUACAACGCCUUGCUACGAAAGUAGCUUGUAACUUAGUUUCAACGUUUCAUCACAUAAUGUAAAUACAUGUUACAAUGGAAACGAUAUCAACUACUGCCAGUUGAAUGCCCGCGUGCGGUCUUCAGUCGGUUUAGCUGUUCUACAACCCAAUAUUCUAUAACUGGCUAGUUUUGUCUCGUCUCUCCUUAUGUCCACGGUUAGAUCAUUCCCGGAAGACAAAUCCCAGAACUAAUAUCCCUACAGGUGUUGGCUACAUGUGGACAUUGCACAAACAUCGCCCAGCUUGAGUGUACAUACAGUACAUCAACAAAAAAAUCGAUGGAUGUGUUCGUGUUACAAAGACAAAACAGUUCCUGCUGUAAAUAUCAUAUUGAUGUUCUUAUAAAGACAGUAUGCCUACACUUUACCUAACAAAUCAAUAAUGUUGUGUGUAGAGUACAACUUCAGCUGUGUAACCAGAACUAGAAUGGCAUUUCUAUUUCUAUGGUCUAUUUGCCAAAAUGUAAGGAUUUGGCUGUCUAACACACUGACAUGCACAGCUCUCUGGGUGAGGUUCUGUCUUCAAGUUUCCAGAGAGUAAUGAAGACCCUUCCAUCUGUGUAAUGUAUUACAGGUUAUGAACAUGUGCAGUCAGGUGGCAGGAGGGGUGGAGUGCAUGACACUCCAUCCUGGAUAUGUCAGAGUUUGCCUCAUGGGUCCAGCAGGCAGAGUUCAAUAACUACAGGCAGAUGUGAGAUGCGGGAGGAUGGCACUCUUCUCAUACUGAGUAGCCUACAGAGUAAUAAGAGAAGAAUGCAAUUGCUAAACUCAUGUAGAUAUUCUAAAGAAAGUGUUUUGAUAACGUUGAAGUGUAACAGUUCCAUGUAGAAUAAACCAUCCUUCACAUAAUACUGUAGAAGCAGUGUUUUGCUAAUAUAACAAUGUGCAAAUAUUACACGUCUUUCAUCUUUUAUUCUCAUUCACAGCCGAUACAGAUACUGUACCUAUCAACAUUUUGUUUGGUGGUGCUGGGGUUACCUUGCCAAACAUGUCAGCCGUCAGACACUACAUGACCAAAAGUAUGUGGACACCUGCUCGUCGAACAUCUAAUUCCAAAGUCAUGGGCAUUAGUAUGGAGUUGGUCCCCCCUUUGCUGCUAUAAUUAUCUUCCACUCUUCUGGGAAGACUUUCCACUAGAUGUUGGAAAAUUGCUGCGGGGACUUGCUUCCAUUCAGCCACAAGAGCAUUAGUGAGGUUGGGCACUGAUGUUGGGCGAUUAGGCCUGGCUCGCAGAGUGCAUUCCAAUUAAUCCCAAAGGUGUUCGAUGGGGUUGAGGUCAGGGCUCUGUGCAGGCCAGUCAAGUUCUUCCACACCGAUCUUGACAAACCAUUUCUGUAUGGACCUCACUUUGUGCACGGGGGUAUUGUUAUGCUGAAACAGGACAGGGCCUUCCCCAAACUGUUGCCACAAAGUUGGAAGCACAGUAUCGUCUAGAAUACCAUUGUAUGCUGUAGCGUUACGAUUUCCCUUCACUGGAACUAAGGGUCCUAGUCCGAACCAUGAAAAACAGCGUGACCAAAUCAGAUUCAUUGUCAGACUGUCAGAUGGUGAAGCGUGAUUCAUCACUCCAGAGAACGCGUUUCCACUGCUCCAGAGUCCAAUGGCGGCGAGCUUUACACCACUCCAGCCGACGCUUGGCAUUGCGCAUGGUGAUCUUAGGCUUGUGUGUGGCUCCUUGGCCAUGGAAACCCAUUUCAUGAAGCUCCCGACAAACAGUUAUUGUGCUGACAUUGCUUCCAGAGGCAGUUUGGAACUCUGUAGUGAGUGUUGCAACCGAGGACAGAUCAUUUUUACGGCUACACCCUUCAGCACACGCCGGUCCCAUUCUGUGAGUUUGAAUGGCCUACCACUUCGCAGCCGAGCCGUUGUUGCUCCUAGACGUUUCCACUUCAUAAUAACAGCACUUACAGUUGACUGGGGCAGCUCUAGCAGGGCAGAUAUUUGACGAACUGACUUGUUGGAAAGGUGACAUCCUAUGACGGUGACAUGUUGAAAGUCACAGAGGUCUUCAGUAAGGCCAUUCUACUGCCAAUGUUGGUCUAUGGAGAUUGCAUGGCUGUGUGCUCGAUUUUAUACACCUGUCAGCAACGGGUGUGGCUGAAAGAGCCAAAUCCAUUCAUUUGAAGGGGUGUCCACAUACUUUUGUAUAUAUAGUGAACCUUCCUGUAUGGUGUUGCCAGCGCCAGUAGCUCAGCUCCAGGCCCCUCUCAUCACAGAUACUGGUCAUGAAGGAGUCCGACUUACAGAUCCGACCCAGCUCCUAUCACAGAGAAAGAGAGGGAGAGAGAGAAAGACUUUCACCAUAUGAUCAUGGAAGCCAACAGUAAACACACAGUUGAACAUAGCCAAUCAGAGAUUAUGAUUCACAGCUAAUUCACAAGGGACAUGUCCCAGCAUGGUACUAACUGGUUGACAUUACUAACCCUGGCCCAGGAGUAGUCCAUUGCGGCGCCAUGGAUGGAGGGCACAUCCUUACAACGUACAAGACACAAACACACACAGCACAUAUCAAUGGUGGUUAUUUCCUCCAUUAUUCUGGAACGGGACUGGUGUCUGACCGUUGCCUCCUUUUCUGGUGAUCUAUAAAAUAUAAAUACACAUAUAGAAAAUACGCCCUCAAAUGCUAGCUAGUUUGCUAAAUGAUUUAGCAAGGAUCUUACAGUAGCUAGUCAGUUUAAAUAGUUGGAUGGUGAAGUCGAUGUGCUUGGUGUACAUAUCCUGGAAAAGUUGACCGAUCUUCUAACUAUUAACUUCGAUAGAAAAACGUAGCUAAAUAGAUAGAAUCUUGAAACCGUGGAGAGCGAAACACCUAUCCAUUUAUGGGUAGAUUACCCUGAUUAAUUAUCUAUUGAUUUCACAGUUUACAUAUUUAUUCAUGGCUCUACUGACUCCAGGAGAAUCCUUUUUCAAAUCAUGCAAGAAAAAAACAUUUCACUUUAUUUGGAAUUGCAAACCAGAUGAAGUUAAACAAGAUUAUUUAUAUAACGAACAUGAGUUUGGAGGGUUAAAACGAUUAAAUAUUAAGGCAUUAAACCUCUCUCUAAACUGAUAUAUAAAACAACAAUUGACACAUCAAUCCAUUAGUUUCAAUUUAAAUUAUUACUGUAUAUAAAAUACUUGCUACAAAACAAAUGCUCAAUAUAUGGGGCAUUGAACAGUCAGCCUUGUGCAGACUGCCACGAGGAAACAGAAUCAAUACAGCAUAUUUUUCUGGUACUGUCCAUCGGUGGCUCGCUUUUGGAGUCAGGUAUCUCAUAAUAUCAGGGUUCAGAUGGACCUGUAAACUGUAUUGCUAGGGGAUCUGAAAAAACAUGAUCAAUCAAUGGGAAAUAUCAUUAUAGUCUUGGGUAAAGUAUUUAUUUUUAGGGCAACAUCGGUAGAAGUGUUACAAAUAGGGAGGUUCAGGACCCUCAGAAGACAUCACAGUAAAAUGGAGGGAUGUAUUGCAAAAUGAAAAAUGGCAUUAUACUGGGAAAGAUGGGUUAAUCUGUGGACAUCGGCAGGUUGGAGUUAAGAUCAGAAUGGCUGGUGGAUUGGCCACUGUGGGUGAAAAUCCAACACUUGCAGAAAGAGGAAAUUAGGAAUUAGGAACACCUUACUAAUAUUGAUUUGCACCCCUUUUGCCCUCAGAACAGCCUCAAUUCGUCGGGGCAUGGACUCUACAAGGUGUCAAAAGCGUUCCACAGGGAUGCUGGCCCAUGUUGACUCCAAUGCUUCCCACAGUUGUGUCAAGUUGGCUGGAUGUCCUUUGGGUGGUGGACCAUUCUUCAUUCACACGGGAAACUGUUGAGCGUGAAAAACCCAGCAGCCUUGCAGUUCUUGACACACUCAAACCGGUGUGCCUGGCACCUACUACCAUACCCCGUUCAAAGGCACUUAAAUCUUUUGUCUUGCCCAUUCACCCUCUGAAUGGCACACAUACACAAUCCAUGUCUCAAUUGUCUCAAGGUUUAAAAGUCCUUCUUUAAUCUGUCUCCUCUCCUUCAUCUACAAUGAUUGAAGUGGAUUUAACAAGUGACAUCAAUAAGGGAUCAUAGCUUUCAACUGGAUUCACCUAGUCAGUCUAGACAUUUAGCUAGCUAGAUAUUAACAAAACAUAGCUACUUACCAACAACAUUCCAGUCUCAGUUUUGACGGUUGACUGCCCAAGUAGAAGCUAGUUGGAUGUAAUCCAUAUUCUGGACAUCUACCCAAGAUUGUUGAACAACUUUAUGGAAGCCCAUUUUCACUAGAAUAGCUAUUUCCCAAGUUUGUUUUGCGUGACCCGGUGCCCUGGGUGCACAGGGUUUGCUCUAUUUUGACCAUUCCAUUGGGCCUCUUAAGUAGAGGUCUCCACCCGCCCGGGGCACCGAGCCAUGCAAAGCGAACUCGCCCAGUCUUUUCCCAAAAAACACAGUGCCACAAUGUGUUGGUAGGCAAAAGAGGGCAUGAAUUGUUGACAUAAUUGUAAUCCAAACCAAACCCUCAAGUACAGUAAGUAAUGUCGCAGUCACUUACCAAACUCCGUUUUGGAUGAGACUUCAUAACCAAAAUUAUCCUAUAUAAUAAAUGUUUCUGACUCAUAUCAAUGCCAUAUAGGCCGUUUUCAAAAAGAGAAGUUGGUUUUCAAGGGCAGAUGACCUUUGAGCUCAAACUAUAUAGUUCUGCUAUGAAAACCAAAUAUUUAGUCCUAAUGAGGAAGAAUAUUAAAAAGUAGUCACUAAUGUGUUGUAAACAACUUCAUCUCAUUGACCUCAGCAUAUUUCUCUUUUGCCAGCAGAGUUCCGUCGUUCUUGGGAUUUCUUCCUGUCGGUGAUGUAUAAGCUAGUGGUGCUGUCUAGACAAUGGCCUGGCCUAUCCCAACAUGUCCACACCCCCUGUAAGGAGAAAGGUUGCACAGCCUACUUCGUCUGGAGAGACUGGCAGGACCUCACAGAAACAGAAAUCUAUGAGCUGUAAGCCAAAUGUAUCUAAUGUAAUUGUUACUUGUCUAUUUGUCAAUGCACAACUGUAUUGUAAUUAUAUUAUUGCACUUAUUUCAAAUUAUAAAUAUGUUGUUUCUCUACCAAUAUACUAUUAAAACUGAAGUGUGUGUGUCGAACAGUGUGCAGGAGGAAAAACAACUCUGCCGAAACGGACACACGCGACGGACCGAGUUGCUUUUCCCAAAAGGUACAGUAUGUUUUUAAUGUUAAAGUAAGCGGGAUUACCUACUGUUUACAAUUAAUGCUUCCCAUUCAAAUACUGUGUGUGUUUUUUUUAGAUCCUGUCAUCAACAAAUCAGAAGGAUAAUGACCAGAAGCUAGAAAGAGAACUUCAUCAGAGGGAGAUGUUUUCUUUUUCAGUGACGUCUCCAAGUUGACUAUCUUACUAUCAAAAACAUGUUCCUUAUUUGCAACAUCAAAAUCUUCACUCAUUACAGUUUGGGUUUAGGCUUGAGGUCUCAUUUAUAAAUACAAGUGCACAGAGGGAGCAACCAUAUUCAUGUUUCUCUCUCAAUAUUAUGAAAAUGUUACUUUUCAUAUCCUACCACAGGGCUGCGCUCUUGCUCCAUAAUGAGAAAACAAUUAUACUGACGUACAGCUACACAAAACUGUUAAUUGCAGUCCAGAUAUCCACUUUCUGAUGCCUUACCCUCAUACCAAAUAAAUAAUAUCAAGCCCCUGACAUGACAUACUCCUUUUUGUAUUUGUAAUGUAUUUAAUUUAUUUAUUCAAUACUUCAUUCCAG